AUGGAGGACUGCAACCCCACCAAGUGCCCAAUUGAUCAGAAAGUACAGCUGAGAAAAGAUGAAGACGAAAAACCAAUUGAAAAAUACCUCCAGUUAGUAAAGGGUAUCAUAAGGUAUGUUAAGGGCACCUUAGACUAUGGUCUCGUCUAUUCAAAAGGUGAGAAAGAAAUCAAGAUUGAUGGCUAUUCAGACAGUGAUUUGGCGAUGGAUGUAGAUGAUACGAAAAGCACAUAUGGUGUGGCAUUCUACAUCAAUGAUAAUCUAGUUACAUGGGUAUCUCAAGAACAGCGAAGUGUUGCUCUAUCCUUGUGUGAAGCGGAGUUUAUGGCAGCCACAAUGGGAACAUGUCAAGAUAUUUGGAUAAGAUGCCUACUCACUGAGAUAACCAGACAAACAAUAGCACCUGCAACUCUGCACAUUGAUAACAAGUCAACCUUAGACCUCAUGAAAAGCCCGGUCUUUCACAGGAGAAGCAAGCACAUUGACACAAGAUUCCAUUUUAUUAGAGAAUGUGUGGAAAAUGAUGAAGUAAAGGUGACUCAUGUUUGCAACAAGGAGUAA